AUGAACUGUCCGUCUCUGUUAGGAGUCUGGUGUACUCUUAUCUUUCUGCAAGCUCAGUCCAUGGAAAUAUUAUACCCCUUCUGGCAGAAUGAUACAAAAACACCAAAGGUCGAUGAUGGAAGCUCAGCUGAAAUUAAAUUGUCUAUUCCUUUUAUAUUCUUUGGAGUUCCUUAUAGAGCACUAUAUGUUAACAACAAUGGAGUGAUUUCAUUUAAUGUUCUUGUCAGCCAGUUCACUCCAGAAGCAUUCCCUCUGUCAGAUGGUCGUGCUUUUAUUGCGCCAUUCUGGGCUGAUGUUCAUAAUGGAAUAAGAGGGGAGAUCUACUACAGGGAGACCACAGACCCUGAUAUUCUAAAGAAAACAUCCAAGGAAAUCAGGAAGCACUUCAAAAAUGUGCUGUUUUUCUCGGCAACCUGGGUUUUUAUUGUCACAUGGGAUGAAGUUACCUUCUAUGGAGGAAGCAGUACUACUCCUGUGAAUACCUUUCAAGCUCUGCUGAUAUCAGAUGGAAUAUCAAGCUUUGCUAUGUUCAAUUAUGCAGAGAUCACUUGGACAACAGGGACGGCAAGUGGAGGAGACCCUCUUACUGGUCUUGGUGGAGUAAUGGCUCAGGCUGGAUUUAAUGGUGGAAAUAGCACCAAUUUCUUCAGUGUACCUGGUUCCAGGUCUCCUGAAAUAGUCAAUAUUGAAGAAACUACAAAUGUAAAUGUUCCUGGACGUUGGCUUUUCAAAAUAGAUGGGAAAGAGAUUGACCCAGCUAAUGGUUGCAGCUUAAAAGGGCAAUUCUUACGUCAAGGAGAGCUGUUUUGGGAAAAUGGAAAUUGCUCAACAAGAUGUCGUUGUCUGGAUUUUAACAACGAGAUAUCGUGUCAAGAAUUUGUUUGUGGACCGUAUGAAGUCUGUGAACCAAAGGAUAAUUUUUUCCAGUGUCUUUCUGUAGAGAGCAGCACCUGUGUGGUUUUUGGAGACCCUCAUUACCACACUUUUGAUGGACUUCUCUUCCAUUUCCAGGGAUCUUGUUCUUAUCUCCUUGCUAGGAAUUGUUGGCCUGGAAGUCCGCUUCCAUUUUUCACAGUAGAAGCUAAAAAUGAAAACCGUGGAGGGUCAUCUGUAUCAUGGAUAAAGGAAAUUACUUUAGAAGUCUAUUCUCAUACUAUUGUUAUUCCCAAAAAUAGUUUUGCAAAAGUUAAGGUAAAUGAUUUGAUAUUUUCCCUCCCAAUAACUCUGGACUAUGGAGCCAUCAAAAUAUAUCAAAGUGGAUUAUCAACAGCUGUGGAAACAGAUUUUGGCCUAUUGGUGAUGUUUGAUGGGGAGCAUUAUGCUUCCAUAUCAGUGCCAGGGACCUACAUUAACUCUACUUGUGGCAUGUGUGGCAAUUAUAACAAGAAUCCUCAGGAUGACACACUCCGGUCAGAUGGGAGACCAGCUAUGUCCGUUUUAGAUUUAGGAGAGAGUUGGAGAGUAUACCAUCCAGACUGGAGGUGCUCUUCUGGGUGUCUAGACAACUGCAGUUUAUGUGAUGCAUCUUUGGAAUCACUGUACUUUUCCACAGAAUACUGUGGUUUUAUAAACAUGACUGGUGGUCCACUAUGGGAAUGCAGUACUGUUGUGGAUCCUACUGCCUUUGUCCACAGCUGUGUUUAUGAUCUUUGUGGUGCCAAGGACAACGGCACAAACCUUUGUCAAGCUAUCCAGGCAUAUGCACUUGUUUGUCAAGCUCUAGGAAUUCCACUAGGUGAUUGGAGGACUCAGACUGGCUGUGCAUCAGCUGUUCAGUGCCCAGAGUUCAGCCAGUACUCGGUAUGCACCAGCAGUUGCCCAGCCACUUGUUCUGAUCUUACAGCCCCCUUCUUCUGCAGCAGCCCUUGUACAGAAGGUUGUGAGUGUGAUGAAGGUUAUGUUUUCAGUGCAGAUUUGUGCGUCCCAUUAAGUAAAUGUGGUUGUGAGGUGGAUGGCAAGUACUAUGUGGCAGGUGAUUCAUUCUGGGCAAGUGCAGACUGUACUGUGGAAUGCUGGUGUGAAGAUGGUGGAGAUGUGUCAUGCUUUAACACCACCUGCAGUGAGGGUGAGAUAUGUUCUGUGGAAAAUGGAUACCAGGGAUGCUAUCCUAAAAGGGAAAGUGUUUGCCUGGUUAGCCAGAGUCAAGUGAUAAGCACAUUUGACUCAGUAACUUUUCCCUUCCCCCUGGAUUAUUCUUAUACUUUACUAAAAACAUGCUCAGAGAGAGCCGAAUUCAUUGAAGUUGACAUCAGCAAGAAGAAACCAGACUCAAAUGCCAAUUGGCUAAGACCUUUGAGAAUCCAAGUGGCCAAGCAAGAGAUUAGAAUUGGUGGGGCCAGCACUUCUGAGAUUAAGGUAAAUGGAUUUGAAGUUGAAUUGCCCUUCUAUUUGCCAUCUGGUGACUUAGAAAUUUACCGUAACAGAAAUGGGACAGUGAUUGAAUCUGAGGGUCAGGUUAAAAUCCAAUAUUCUGACCAGGGCCUGAUUCAAAUAACACUUUCUACUCUUUACUAUAAUUGCACUGGGGGCCUUUGUGGCUACUUUAAUGGGAAUGAGGAAGACGAGUUCUGCUUCCCAAAUGGAAAAUGCACAGAUAAUGUGGCAGUGUUUUUGGAAAGCUGGACCACAUUUGAUGAGAUAUGCAAUGGAGAAUGCGGAGAUUUACUAAAAGCAUGCAAUAAUGACUCUGAACUGCUAAAAUAUUACAAAAGCAGGUCCAAAUGUGGAAUAAUUAACGAUCCUAGCAACAGUUCAUUUCUAGACUGCCAUUCUGUAGUUAAUGUAUCUGCCUACUAUAGGACCUGCCUUUUCCUCCUAUGUCAAAGUGGAGGAAACCAGACAGAACUUUGUGAUUCAGUCAGUCGCUAUGCAAUGGCUUGUCAAAAUGCUGCAGUAGAUGUUGGUCAGUGGAGGAGUCAACAUUUUUGCCCACUGGAGUGUCCUGAAAAUAGCCACUUCGAAGAAUGCAUAACAUGUUCGGAAGCUUGUGAUACACUUGCCUCAGGUCCUGUGUGUGUUGAUAGCUGCACUGAGGGAUGCCGUUGUGAUGAAGGAUUUGCCUUGCAGGGUACUUUGUGCGUCACAAAGAGUGAAUGUGGCUGCAAUUUUGAAGGUCACCAAGUUUCCACCAAUGAGACUUUCUGGGUUGACAUGGAUUGUAAAUCACUUUGUUACUGUAAUGGGUCAGACAACAGUGUAUACUGUGAAAGCUCCCCUUGUAAGGAUGAUGAAUACUGUAUGGAAGUCAAUGGCUUGUAUUACUGCCAACCACGUACAGAUGCAUCAUGCAUUGUCUCAGGGUAUGGUCACUAUCUGACUUUCGAUGGCUUUCCGUUUGAUUUCCAAAGCAGUUGCUCUCUAAUCCUCUGCACUACAGUGAAUAACUUCAAGGCAGAUUCCUUCCCCAAAUUUACUGUAACUGCAAAAAAUGAAGACAGAGACCCAUCUUUGGCAUUGUGGGUAAAGCAAGUGGAAGUAGAAGUUUUUAAUUACAAUAUUGUCAUCUAUCGGGCAUACAAGCACACUGUUUUGGUGAACAAUGAAAGACUAUACCUGCCUUUGAAGUUGGGCCAUGGAAAGGUUAAUAUUUUUGCAUUUGGCUUUCACAUUGUUGUAGAAACAGAAUUUGGACUAAAGGUGGUAUAUGACUGGAAAACAUUCCUAUCUGUGACCAUCCCACGGCAUAUGCAAAACAGCACGUAUGGCCUAUGUGGGAGGUACAAUGGAAAUCUUGAGGACGACUUACAGACAUCCAGUGGUUUCAUUAGCAUGGAUGUCAAUGAGUUUGGCCACAGUUGGGUGAAGAGAGAUACAUUUUGUCAGGUUGGUUGUGGAGAUAGAUGUCCAACAUGCACUAAAGUUGAUGGAUUUUGGAAAGCUCAACAGCUCUGCAGCUUUAUCCCAAACAGAAACAGUGUUUUUGCAAAGUGCCACAGCAAAGUAAAUCCCAGUUUCUUCUACAAGAACUGCCUGUUUGAUUCAUGUAUUGAUGGAGGUGUUGUGCAGACUCCCUGUAGCUGGUUACAGAACUAUGCAAGCACAUGCCAGACUCAAGGAAUUGCUGUUACUGGAUGGAGAAACUUCACAUCCUGCUAUGUGACCUGUCCUCCCUACAGUCACUAUGAUAGCUGUGUGAGUGUGUGCCAGCCAAGAUGUGCCGCCAUCCGACUGAAAAGUGAUUGUAAUCACUACUGUGUGGAGGGUUGCCAGUGUGACCCAGGAUAUGUACUAAAUGGAAAGAGUUGCAUUCUACCUCACAACUGUGGUUGUUAUGCUGAUGGCAAAUACUAUGAGCCCAAACAGUUGUUCUGGAACAGUGACUGUACUAGGCGUUGCAGAUGUUUUGGACGAAACCUCAUCCAAUGUGACCCACGACACUGCAAAUCAGAUGAGGAGUGUGCACUCAGAAAUGGAGUACGGGGCUGCUUCAGUAAGAAGAGCUCUUACUGCAUUGCUGCAGGAGGAGGUGUCUUUCGGACGUUUGAUGGAGCUUUUCUUCGUUUCCCAGCUAACUGUGCCUUUGUAUUGUCCACAAUUUGCCAGAAACUCCCAGAUAUUUCCUUUCAGCUCAUCAUCAACUUUGAUAAGUGGUCCUCUCCCAAUUUGACUGUCAUCUCGCCUGUUUACUUUUAUAUAAACGAAGAGCAAAUCCUUAUUAAUGACCGCAAUACUGUGAAGGUAAAUGGUACACAAGUUACUGUCCCAUUUGUCACUGGAUUGUCAACUAAGAUUUACAGCAUGGAAGGAUUUUUGGUGAUAGACACUAGUCCAGACAUUCAAAUUCAUUAUAAUGGUUUCAACGUUAUCAAAAUCAGCAUCAGUGAGAGACUUCAAAACAAAGUUUGUGGUCUUUGUGGCAAUUUUAAUGGAGAUUUAACUGAUGAUUAUGUGACACUUCGUGGAAAACCAGUAGUGAGCAGUGUUGUGUUAGCACAGAGCUGGAAAACCAAUGGAAUGCAAAAGAGCUGUAAUGAGUUGCAGUAUUCACAAUAUGCUUCCACGUGUGAUAAUGUCCAAAUCCAGAAGCUCCAGAGUGAUGGAUACUGCUUAAAGCUUACAGAUAUGAAGGGAUUUUUUCAGCCAUGUUAUGGACUACUUGACCCUGUUCCGUUCUAUGAGUCUUGUUUCCUGGAUGGUUGCUACAAUAACAAAAAGUUCCAGCUAUGCGGCUCUUUAGCUGCAUAUGGAGAAGCUUGCAGAUCGUUUGGUAUUCUCAGCACUGAAUGGAUUGAGAAGGAGAAUUGCUCAGGAGUUAUUGAAGACCCAUGUGUUGGUACAGACUGUCCCAACAGGAGCUGUGAGGUGGACAAUGGAGGAGAACUUUGUGGAUGCAUGGAACCACCUGCAUAUGGAAAUGACACGCAUGACAUUAUUGAUGCAGAGGUGACUUGCAAAGCUGCCCAGAUGGAGGUGUCCAUCUCUAAAUGCAAACUAUUUCAGCUUGGCUUUGAAAGAGAAGGAGUGCGAAUCAAUGACAGGCACUGCCCAGGAAUUGAGGGUGAAGAUUUCAUUUCUUUUCAGAUAAACAACACCAAAGGAAACUGUGGAAAUAUUGUUCAGUCUAAUGGCACUCACAUAAUGUACAAAAACACAGUGUGGAUAGAAAGUGCAAACAACACUGGUAACAUAAUUACACGAGAUCGGACCAUCAAUGUGGAGUUCUCAUGUGCAUAUGAACUGGAUAUCAAGAUCUCAUUGGAUUCUGUUAUAAGGCCAAUGCUAAGUGUUAUUAACCUCACUGUUCCAACACAAGAGGGAAGCUUCACCACAAAGAUGGCUCUCUACAAGAAUGCAUCUUAUAAGCACCCAUACCGCCAAGGAGAGGUGGUGCUCACCACUCGGGAUGUGCUGUUUGUUGGGGUGUUUGUGGUUGGAGCAGACUCUACUCACUUAAUCCUAAUCCUGAACAAAUGCUAUGCAACUCCUUCAAGAGACAGCAAUGACAAGCUGCGAUACUUCAUCAUCGAAGGAGGGUGUCCAAACAACAAAGACAAUACCAUUGGAAUAGAAGAGAAUGGGAUCUCUCUCACAUGUCGUUUUCAUGUCACAGUCUUUAAAUUCAUAGGGGACUAUGAUGAGGUUCACCUACACUGUGCUGUCUCUUUGUGUGACUCUGAAAAAUACUCCUGCAAAAUUAACUGUCCACAGAAUUCCAGGAGUGGCACUGAUCAUGUCCAGGAUUCAAAGGAACAAAUUAUUUCUGUGGGCCCAAUUAGGAGGAAACGUUUAGACUGGUGUGAGGACAAUGGGGGAUGUGAGCAAAUUUGUACAAGCAGAUUAGAUGGACCAUUGUGUAGCUGUGUAACAGGGACACUGCAGGAGGAUGGUCGAAGCUGUAGAGUGACUAGUUCUUCGGCAGAACAUCAUGACUGGCUGGUUUCUUUUAUCCUAAGUCAGAUAUCUAUGUGGAUUUUAAUUUUGAAAACAAAGCAAUAAAAAGAUUAUUUUGAUGAAGUAUCCAAUCUCAUUUUACAGGAAUAUAUAGCACAGGGGCCAAAACUUUGCAAGUUCAAAUGAGACGAGGAAUAAAAUUCAUAUUUAAUUA